AAUAAUCCCACCAUUGAUCGCUCUGAUUCGAAGAAGAUCACGAUUCACACGCUUAUUCCCAUCCAAUGCCUCCAUUCUAAGCAUCUCUCUCUUUGCCUAGUUUAAACGCUGUCGUUUGUUCCGCUUUCCCUUUUAUUCUUGUUCGGAAAAACGACUCCUACUUGUACUAUUAUUGCUUCGCGGUGCCGUAAACGAGUUCAGUUCAGUUGAGUUGACUCGUUGAGCUGGGACGACUUGACUCGUUCUCCUCUUCUUCUCUGUCUUCUGCGUCGAAUCGAACUGCUUCAGUCAAACGCUGUCGUUUUAGGUGUUGAUCUCAGCCGAAGGAGUAAUCAUGAGCAAAGCUCCACUUCUCGAAAUUGAACCCAAGGAACUCAAAUUUAUGUUUGAGUUGAAGAAGCAAAGUUCAUGCUCGGUUCAAUUGACUAAUAACACCUACCACCAUGUCGCUUUUAAGGUCAAGACGACGUCGCCGAGGAAAUAUUCAGUGCGACCAAAUGUUGGGGUUCUCAUGCCAAAUGCUACUUGUGAAUUCAUAGUUACAAUGCAAGCCCAACGGGUAGCACCAGAAGAUAUGGUGUGCAAGGAUAAGUUCUUAAUCCAGAGCACAAUGGUUCCUGCUGAAACAGCCAGUGAAGAUGUUACUUCCAGCUUGUUUGUCAAAGAUGGAAGUAAAUACAUAGAGGAAAAUAAGCUAAAGGUGACACUGAUCAGCCCUCCUGAGUCACCUGAUCUCUCACCUAUUAAUGGAGACUUCAAGAAUGGUCUUGAUUAUGAAAAAAUUCCAAUAUAUAGUAAAGAUGAAAUCCAAUCCCCAGAACCCAUGGUUCUUAAAAAUCCAGACAUUGUUCAUGAGGUAUUAAAGCUUGAAGAGGAUUCAGAGUUGAAGCUUGAAGAGGAUACGGAGUUGAAGCCAGAACAUGAUGUGGGGUUGGACACUUUGAAGGUUGUAGGGGAGCCAAUAGAAAAAACUGGGUUAAAAGUGUCAAAAAAUGAGGAGUUGAGCAUAAUAAAGGAUGUUGAGGAACUCAAGCCACAAAAAAAGUUGGAGUUAGAAGUGUCAAGAGAUAUGGAUUUGAACAAUGUAAAGAAUGCAGAGGAGCUGAAACCUGAAAAAGCAGCAGAUUUGCAUGUGUCAAAAGUUCUUGAUUUUGGCACAAUAAAUAAUGUAAAAGAACUGAAGCCAGAAAAAGAAAAAGAGUUAAAAGUGUCAAAAGAUAUGGAGUUGAAAACAGUUAAGGAUGUUGAGGAUCCAAAGCAAGAAAAAGAAGCAGAGUUAAGAGUUUCAAAGAGUGUAGAGGAGCUGAAAUUAAUAAAAGCUAUUGAAGAGAUGAAGUUAAAACUAGAUGGACUUGAGUCAAAAUUAAAUGAGUCUGGAGUAACAAUAUCAAAGUUAACAGAGGAGAGGAGGCUAAGCAUUCAAGAGACAAAAAUCUUGCAAGAAAAAUUAGCAGAUCUUAUUGAUAAAGGUCCAAGAAAAGUUCAAGUCGGGUUCCCACUUUUAUAUGUCUGUAUGGUGGCGCUAAUCUGUGUCAUUUUGGGAUACCGAUUACACUCUUGAUGCCUGGGCAGUCAAUCAUCUGCAGGAAGCUACUAACAUUUUAAAUUUGCUCAAGUCUGUUAAUAACAAAAGUUUAGGCAUAAAUCCACUUUAUAAAAUGUAGUAGUAGGGGAUCUGUAUACUUGAGGGUCGAUGAUGUUCGAUCUGAUCUGUAGUCUAUAAUCAUGGACGUCUGUGCAUUUGUACAUGCAGAAUUGCCCACUUGUAAAAGUUCAUAUUAAUAUGAGAUAUAUGGAAGUCAAGUAGAUGAAUUCUGUGGAUAGUAGAAAACUGGAAACUGUUGGGUACGCUACUUGAGAUUGUUCAUUUCUCUGUAAUCUCGACUUUGAUCAGUGUUUCUCUGUGGGGU